AUGGAAUCUUUAAAAAACUUCUUGCUCUUAUGCACGUUUUCACGUAAAGAUAGAGAGCAUACACAUAGAGAGCAUACACACAGAGAGCAUACACAUAGAGAGCACACACAUAGAGAGCAUACACACAGAGAGCAUACACAUAGAGAGCAUACACACAGAGAGCAUACAUAUAGAGAGCACACACAUAGAGAGCAUACACAUAGAGAGCACACACAUAGACAGCAUACAGAUAGAGAGCAUACACACAGAGUCCACACACAGAGAGAGCAUACACACAAAGAGCAUACACAUAGAGAGCAUACACACAGAGAGCACACACAUAGAGAGCAUACACACAGAGAGCAUACACAUAGAGAGCAUACAGAUAGAGAGCAUUUAAAAGAGAGCAUAUACACAGAGAGCAUACACAUAGAGAGCAUACACACAGAGAGCACACACAUAGAGAGCAUACACACAGAGAGCAUACACACAGAGAGCACACACACACAGAGCAAUCACACAGAGAGCAUACACAUAGAGAGCACACACAUUGAGAGCAUACAGAUAGACAGCAUACACAUAGAGAGCAUACACACAGAGAGCACACACAUAGAGAACAUACACAUAGAGAGCAUACACAUAGAGAGCACACACGUAGAGAACAUACACACAGAGAGCAUACACAUAGAGAGCACACACGUAGAGAGCAUACACACAGAGAGCAUAUACAUAGAGAGCAUACACAUAGAGAGCACACACAUAGAAAGCAUACACACACAGAGCAUACACACAGAGAGCACACACAUAGAGAGCAUACACAUAGAGAGCAUACACAAAGAGAGCACACACAUAGAGAGCACACACAUAGAGAGCAUACACAUAGAGAGCACACAUAUAGAAAGCAUACACACAGAGAGCACACACAUAGAGAGCAUACACAUAGAGAGCAUACACAUAUCUCCCCUGACGUCAAACGUGAUAAAAUAUUACUACCGAUAA